CUAUUAUUAGUUACAUAUUAUUGAAAGCCUCAAAGCAGCAUAGGCUUUUUUAAAUACUUUAGCUCAUCUUUGUGACAAUUCUCCAGUGUUGGUAUUGCUCCUCUAUUUAACAGAUUAGAAAAAUGAGGCUCUAAGAACAGCCUGGCAUAAUAACAGGUAACUUGAACAUCUCAAAGUGGCAAUUCACACAUAAAGCUCCGUGACUCAUGAAUUCUCACAGUCAUAAGUUGGUUCUUUUCGUGAUUUUUCUGAAGUUUCCAGAAGUUUACAGAAAAGGAAGUGCAGGCACAUUUCACAAAUCUUCAAUCUGUAAGUAUCACAUCCUGUAUAGCUGCAAACACUGGAAUAAGGAAGGGUGGAUGACUUUCAGAAGAUGAAGGUAAGCAGAAACCAUUGAUGGGGCUGUCUAAGAACCCAGACAGUGUCCAGCUCCCUCCUGGGAGCUUCUGAGGACUCAGCUGGAACCAACGGGCACAGUUGGUAGCACCAUCAUGACGUCACAACCUAUUCCCAAUGAGACCAUCAUAGUGCUCCCAUCAAAUGCCAUCAGCUUCUCCCAAGCAGAGAAACUCGAACCCACCAACCAGGGGCAGGAGAGCCUGAAGAAACGUCUACAGGCAGAAGUCAAAGUUAUUGGGAUUAUCCAGGUCUUGUGUGGUAUGAAGGUGUUAAGCUUGGGAAUCAUUUUGGCAUCUGCUUCCUUCUCUACAAAUUUUAUACAAGUGAUUUCUACGCUGCUGAAGUCUGCUUACCUGUUCAUAGGACCCUUGUGGGUGAGCAGAGUUUCUGAAGAGGGAAGCAUGGGAGAAGAGGGGAGGAAGAUGCCAAUAGCUUAAACUCUCCACCUGCCACCUUGCUAUGUUCUGUCUGCCAGGAGUGAGGAGUCCAUGGUGAAACUUGUUCUCCUGUGUGUAUUGCUCAGGGAGGACUGAGUGGGGUAGGAUGACAGGGGUUGCCUGAUUUUGAUCAACUUAUCAGACUCAAAUAAGCAUUUCUUUUAAAGAUCAUCUUGUUUUUUACCUUAUCAUUUGGAGCUAUGAAGAAGCUAGUGACAAAACAUCCAUAAAUUAGGAUAAAGUUGGGAAGGACCUUUUUAUAUUAAAAACAUGAGUAUCAAUGGAAGACAUCAUACACUCACAGAAAAACCACACAGAUGCUUGUGGGGAUUAUGGAGGAAGGGAAACUUUCACCUCUGAGCAUUUUGAAAAUGCUUUUCCUGCAUUGACUGAUGCCCAGGGAAGGCUGAGCACUUGUCUAUGUCCCAGUGAUGGACUGGAAAUUCCUCUGAAAUAGCUGCAGGUCUGGGGUUUCAAAAGGACUUAGUAGUCCUUUUCUCAGAGAACUGCUCUCUCUUAGACUGAGGCUUUCUCAUAAUUAAGCUUCUCUUUCAACUUCCUGGAACUCCGUACCUGUUAUUAGCUCCUUUUUUUUACAUUUGUUUAUUUGAUGCAUCAGGAAGUCUACCUUUUUGUCUAUCUUGUCCAUUUUUCCUCUCCAAAGUUUCAUUUGGAUUUGGAUCUCAAAGGGUUUCCCAAAUGACCUUUCUUCUCUGUCAAGAUCCAUGCAAGGCUAUGACAUUACACUACAUUACAUUUCAUCAUGACGUCUCAGGCUCCUUUAGACUUGCUCAGAUUUUCUUUUUCCUUGAGGACUUUGAUAGUUUGGGGUAGUACUGGAUGAGAUUUUUAUAGAAUGUUCCUAAAUUGGGUUUGUCUGAUAUUUUUCUGAUGUUUAGACUUGAGUGAAUUUUUGGCUGAUGAUAACAGAGGUAAAGCACCGUUUUCACCAAGUCACAUCAAGGGUCAUGCUACCAACUUAUCAUCACUGAUACACUUCACCUUGACCAUGUGUUUGGGAUAGUGUUUUCCAGGUUUCUACUCUGUAAAGUCACUACUUCUUUCCCUCCUCUUUCUAUAAUCCAUUCUUUAAAAGCAGGUCACUAAGCACAGUCCACCUUGGAAGGGGCAUCUAGUUCAUAUUUUUAAGGACUUGGGAUUUGUUUAUAUACACAAAUAAUUAAAUGCCUGGGUCACAGGAAUCACAACUUUUUUUUGAACUUUGUCUCCCUUUUUUCUGUCAAAUAAUUUUCUGUUCAUUAAUGGCUCUAAAUCUGCUAGAUCAUGAAUACUCUAAAAGAUGAAAAUUUCUUUGACUGUGUAAACACGGCCUUGAAGGUUUUCUGCCAUCCAUUCUUGUCUUUCCUUCUGUUCUCAUUGACCAUUUUAUCUUAAACUGUAGUUUACUAGACUAGCCAAAUAGUCAUAGACAUAUCCCAGAAGACUAGGCAGGAGGAUGAUUCAGUGGGUCACAAUGAAGCAAAGGAAUCAACUUUUUCUUCUACUCCUCAGUUGUCAACAGGAGUUAACUGAUUUGCUGUGGUGCGCAGGCUCUUAUCACAGGUGCUAGUGAUUUAUCCCAUUUACUCAUUAGUGCGUAAAGGCAAACCCCAUAAUGAAGUCUCAGGGUAUAUGGAAGUAGCUGGCUUCAAAAUAAAAUCUUUGAGUGUAUAUUUUA